AUGACUGCGGCGUGGUGGCAGGGAUUGGGCAGACUGAAGGACACCCUGUAUGAGACGACUCCUCGUGAAGGGCUUCAUCCCAUCCCGGGCAGCAGACCGCUUACUUUCCUCGCUGCGCUUCUUCCACCACUUCUCUACUACCUUGCUCUUCUUCUCCUCGCCCCUUCGCCUCCUCCCUUCGUUGAGCGACCGCUUGUCAAAGUGCUUCGCAACAUACUCGCGCUUACCGCAGGGAUCCUUUUUUUCCGCCUUCCCCUUGUCUACUAUGUGCCUCAAAGCAUUGGACUUACCUACCAGCUCGGCCUUGUGGGCCUAUAUGGCGGAUGCCGCGUCCUCGAUGCCUUUUUCAUCAGUCCCUACCUUUUCGAUCACAUACCACGCAGAGUAAGAUACCAACACAGACCGAGGCUGGUACAAAAAGAGCUAGAGAAGAAAGAGUGGGACAAGGAAUGGACAAAUGGAGGAAUAGACGACCCCUUUCAGCCUGGUGCGAAAUCCCUAGUACCCGCUGGAAACAACCUGGACGAUGCUGGUGCUUCCGUCUUGAGUGAUCGCAGGUCACGACAGAGAGGCAAGGUCCUGACCGAUUCCACGAUGCGUGUUUUACGGAAUUCAAUCUCCGGACCAGCUCCUGUUCCUGUCUACGAGACGGCUUCAUCCGAGACCGGCUGGCCUACAACUCUCCCGGAUCGUGCUGCAUGGGCCCUUGAACUUGAACUCUCAAUGCGAGGUGUUGGCUUCACCUGGACGACCGCAGACAUCAGGCAUACCAGGAAGACAUGGCUUCCCACUGUAUCGAACCGCAUUCACAGCAUUCUCGUCCAUGUCUCUCCUGUUCUGCUGGUGAGCUGGGUUACCAUCAGAUCCAUUUACUCUCGUUAUCUUCUACCCAUUCAGGAUGAUUCCUGGGAAGCGUAUUCUGCUUACAAUCUAUUUGACGAUCGUCUUCCUAUCGUGGUGCAGCUACUACUCACUGGUGCGCUUGGGGCUUUCUUGAUGGCUGCCUUUUCUUUUGGACAUUCCCUCUUCGCCAUCAUAUUGCACCCACUGCGACCCAAUCCAGUGGCCUUUUUCCCACCUCUGUACACGACGAGACCAUGGGAUGUUACCAGUGUCCGCAAGUUUUGGAGCUUUGGCUGGCAUAGGCUGUUUGCUAGACUGUUCCUGGUAUAUGGUGUCUGGCCAGGGGAGUGGAUCGAACGGAAAUUGUCAGGGAAAAGUGUCCAGCAGUCAGCAGAUGCUGGUAAGGUUAUUGGGGCCUUCCUGAGCAGUGCAUUCGUCCACAGUUUUGCCGUCCGGGGAGUACUGGCUGGGGAUUGGGUGAUGGCUACCGGUGAAGCGAAGUUCUUUACUUUGAACGGGAUUGCGGUUGUAAUAGAGGGUGCCGUGGUUCGCGCUGUCAAGAAAAGAAGACAACUUAGAGGCACGCCUGGGCGGAUGUGGUACGAUCCAAUUGUGGGAAGAGUCUGGUGGGUGACUGUUAUCUUGUGGACUGGUAGAAGCUUCGCCAGGGGUUGGGUCAAGUCGAGCCUGGUUCGAGAAAUGUCUUUCUUGUGA